GGCACAUCUGAGGGUUUUGAGGGGCGGAUUUGGACAAACUUUCCCAACUGUCCCGACCCGAAGAGGCUCCGGGGGGGUUGACGGGGAGUCGAUUUCACCGAAAUAAUGGACGAUUCCCAUUUCAACUCAUCAUACUUUUGGUGUCCCGUCCCCACUGUGCAAGGACAGAUCGAGAACGCCAUGUUCCUGAACAAGGCGAAGGAGCAGCUGGGCCAGGAGAAGGCCAACGUGCACUCCUUCCCUCACGCCUCGGCGUCUUCCACCUCCUCCCCCCACUACCCCACGGCCGUGCUCGCCAUCCACGGCUCGGUGGAGGCGGGGGGGCCCGGCAUGCGGCUGGUCCCCAAACAGGAAGGAGGCGGCGGCAUGAGCGCGCUCGGGGGACACCUGCACCAGUCGCUCGCCACCCAGAACAUCACCGUGGUGCCGGUGCCCUCAACGGGCAUCAUGACCGCCGACAAGAAGGAGAACAUGUCUCUGCCUCCGGCGGUCGUCAUGCCGAUGCCAUCCAAGCGGGGCAGGAAGAGCAAACAGAUGUUGGCCCGAGUGGCCGGGAUGGGCGUGGUCCUCCCCCCAGGAAGUGAUGCUUUAAUACUAGCACACCUGGCCGCGGCUGGACAGCACCACACUGCUGACCCAUACGACCUGUCAAAUGAUGAGGAUGAUCAUGCCAGCAGAGACGGGCCCAAAUCCUACAGGUGUCGCAUGUGCCCGUUGACGUUCUUCAGCAAGUCGGACAUGCAGAUCCACGCCAAGUCGCACACGGAGGCCAAGCCCCACAAGUGCCCCCACUGCUCCAAGUCCUUCGCCAACUCCAGCUACCUGUCCCAGCACAUCCGCAUCCACAGCGGGGCCAAGCCCUACACCUGCUCCUACUGCCAGAAGACCUUCAGGCAGCUCAGCCACCUGCAGCAGCACACACGAAACCACACGGAGGCCAAGCCCCACAAGUGCCCCCACUGCUCCAAGUCCUUCGCCAACUCCAGCUACCUGUCCCAGCACAUCCGCAUCCACACCGGGGCCAAGCCCUACACCUGCUCCUACUGCCAGAAAACAUUCAGGCAGCUCAGCCACCUGCAGCAGCACACACGGAUUCACACCGGUGACCGGCCGUAUAAGUGUAACCACCCUGGCUGUGAAAAGGCUUUCACUCAGUUGUCCAACCUCCAGUCUCACCGCCGGCAGCACAACAAAGACAAGCCGUUCAAGUGCCACAACUGUAACCGUGGUUACAGCGACGCUGCCAGCCUGGAGGUGCACCUGUCCACACACACCGUCAAACACGCCAAGCUGUUCUCCUGCGGCCUCUGCAACCGGUCCUACACCUCGGAGACGUAUCUAAUGAAACACAUGGGGAAGCACAACCCCGACCCGCUGACAGUGGCGGCCACGCUAGCCGCUCAGCAGGCCCGGGGCCUCACACCGGGCCGAGGCCGCGGGCGGGGGAGGGGCAGAGCGGGCCAGCUCCAAAGCCAGGCCAACAACAACAACACCCAGAGCCCCGGGCCGCCAGGCAGCUACCAGCCCACCCAGCAGCAGCAGGCCGUGGUCCAGUGCCCCUUCGACCUGCACCAGUACAAGACAGUGUCAGCCGGCGACAUCCAGUACAAACCGGUCUCCGUGGCGGACCUGCCGGUGGUCCACAAGAACCUCUGCCUCACCGUCUCCACCUCGGCCAUCCAGGUGGAGCACAUGGACUCGUAGGAGGCGAUCCCCACUCCACUGGAGACUUUUCUUAUUGUGUUUGCCGUGUACAAAGGUCCACAAGAACAUUUCACUCUCAUCGUUUCCUGGAGGAAGAAGACGCGGCUCACGGGGCGCUUCCCCAACGACGUUUGUUUUCCUCCUUUUUAAGAAGCAUUACAUCACCGGUCAGAACUCAGAUAUUCUACAAUGUGCUUCUCGAUUCCUGAGCCCAGUGUGCCCAGUCUCUCCGAGUAGAACUGCUGGUCCAUCCUUCAGGCUGGAGCCACGCUGAACAGAACCCUGAUCCCACAUCACUUUGGGCUUCUAGAACAUGACGAAUGAGAUGCUGAUGACAUCCAGACCUGAAGUAUGUGGAGUCUAGUUCACCUGCUAAACCAGCAGUCCGAGUCCGAGGAGCUCGAUAAGAGAGGCUCACUGGUGUCCCCUCUCUUUUUGUAUUGCGUUGUUUGCAAUGGGCACUAUCGGAGGAUGAAGAUGUCAAAUAUCUGCCAAAUACACCCCCCAAAAAAAGAGAAAAUCACACGACUCUCUGCACAUGUCUAGAGAAUGGUGUUAUUUUAAACACAAUUGGAUCAUAUUAAUCUGAACAUCCUCCAUUAUUUUUGUUCCAGACAGAACAAGGGCAAGGAAAGAAGGAAACGAGGAAUCCAAGAUCAACGCCGGCCGGGACGGACUGAGUGAAUACUUAGUGUGAGUUUUAAAACGACCCCGCAGAGAGAAGAAGAGGUGCGAGGGGUCGUGAAGAAAGCACUUGAUGAAGCGUCUACUUCAUGUCUAUGUUUGCCAUUGUUUUACUUCUUUUUUUAAUUUAUACACUACCGUUCAAAAGUUUGGGAUCACCCAGACAAUUUCGUGUUUUCCAUGAAAACUCACACUUUUAUUUAUCAAAUGAGUUGCAAAAUGUAUAGAAAAUAUAGUCAAGACAUUGACAAGGUUAGAAAUAAUGAUUUGUAUUUGAAGUAUUAAUUUUUUUCUUCAAACUUUGCUUGUCCAAAGAAUGCUCCUUUUGCAGCAAUGACAGCAUUGCAGACCUUUGGCAUUCUAGCUGUUAAUUUGUUGAGGUAAUCUGUUGAAAUGUCACCCCACGCCUCCUGAAGCACCUCCACAAGUUGGAUUGGCUUGAUGGGCACUUCUUGCGGACCAUACGGUCAAGCUGCUCCCACAACAGCUCAAUGGGGUUGAGAUCUGGUGACUGUGCUGGCCACUCCAUUACAGACAGCAUACCAGCUGCCUGCUUCUUCCCUAAAUAGUUCUUGCACAAUGUGGAGGUGUGCUUUGGGUCAUUGUCCUGUUGGAGGAGGAAAUUGGCUCCAAUCAAGCGCUGACCACAGGGUAUGGCAUGGCGUUGCAAAAUGGAGUGAUAGCCUUCCUUAUUUAAAAUCCCUUUUACCUGGUACAAAUCUCCCACUUUACCAGCACCAAAGCAGCCCCAGACCAUCACAUGACCUCCACCAUGCUUGACAGAUGGUGUCAGAUGGAUUCAUCUGUCCAUAACACCUUUUUCCAAUCUUCCUCUGUCCAAUGCCUGUGUUCUUUUGCCCAUACCAAUCUUUUCUUUUUAUUGGCCAGUCUCAGAUAUGGCUUUUUCUUUGCCACUCUGCCUAGAAGGCCAGCAUCCCGGAGUCGCCUCUUCACUGUCGACGUUGACACUGGCGUUUUGCGGGUACCAUUUAAAGAAGCUGCCAGUUGAGGACCUGUGAGGCGUCUAUUUCUCAAACUAGAGACUCUAAUGUACUUGUCUUCUUGCUGAGUUGUGCACCGGGGCCUCCCACUUCUCUUUCUGCUCUGGUUAAGGGAGUAGUACACACCGCUGUAGGACAUUUUCAGUUUCUUUGCAAGUUCUCGCAUGGAAUAGCCUUCAUUUCUAAGAACAAGAAUAGACUGGCGAGUUUCACAUGAAAGUUAUUUUUUUCUGGCCAUUUUGAGAGUCUUAUCGAACCCACAAAUGUGAUGCUCCAGAUAAUCAACUAGCUCAAAGGAAGGCCAGUUUUAUAGCUUCUCUCAUCAGCAAAACAGUUUUCAGCUGUGCUAACAUAAUUGCACAAGGGUUUUCUAAUCAUCCAUUAGUCUUCUAAGGCGAUUAGCAAACACAAUGUACCAUUAGAACACUGGAGUGAUCGUUGAUGGAAAUGGGCCUCUAUACACCUCUGGAGAUAUUUCAUUAGAAACCAGACGUUUCCACCUAGAAUAGUCAUUUACCACAUUAACAAUGUAUAGAGUGUAUUUCUGAUUGAUUUAAUGUUAUCUUCAUUGAAAAAAACAAUGCUUUUCUUUGAAAAAUAAGGACAUUUCUAAGUGAUCCCAAACUUUUGAACGGUAGUGUAUAUAUAUCUAUAAAUCUAUAUCAUAUGUAUGUAUUUUUCUACCAACAGAGGAACGUGUGAACAAACUAGGAGAGAAAGCAAAGUGAUGCAUGAAUGUCAGGAGAAUCCUCACAGAGCGUUUUAAGUCCCCUUUGUUUGUGACUUCUCAAAUAAUCAACUAUUCUCCAAUAGUCGUAAAGACGGCCGACGCAUCGCAGUCGGUUAUUGGGGGAAUAAUGAUUGUGUGAUACAAAAAAAUGGCUGACUGGUACUGUUAUCAAUCUCUUCUUUUUUUUUCAUACAUAUAACUACUUUCAAUAUAACCAUUGCAAAUGUUCUCCACGUUAUUAUAAGCAUGAGGGCAUUAUUGUAUUGCAGUAUGCUGUACAUAAAAUAGAUAGAAAGAAGUUUUUCAUCUGUAAAAAGGGAAAGUUUGUCCCGUGUAAAGCAUAUAUGGAAACUAUAGGAACCCCAAAUCAACGUGGCAAAGCAUCGGCUGUGUCCCGGGUCACGGUCACACGGAGAAUUGGAGGAUGUAUAUAUAUAUCUAUAUAUAUAUAUGUAUAUGUCCUUCUGAUCACAUGACAUGAAACACGUCUCGGGGACCUGGGACACAGUGCUGUCUUUGUGCACAAGCUGUCUCUUAGCCUAUCAGAGUCCCAGCAGCCUGACUCCUCCUCAUCUACGCUCCUCCUGGUAUUUUAACGUGUCUUCUUAUAAAAAAAAAAAAAGAUUCUCAAUAUUCCUGUUAAUGUUAUUACUGAUGCUCCUGAUAAUAGUACAGUUAUUAACGGCUCUCUUAUAUGCUACACUCUCGCAUAUUGUAUGCACCGUUUCACCUCUUGCUCAUCUGAACAGUCAGUUUCUUCCCUUAAGGAGAAUAAAGUUCGGAAAAAAAAGUUUUAUGAUGAAAAAAAAGAAAGAAAAAUAGAAUGUUA